AUCUUUUCCGAUUGCGAAACAGUUACCGGAGGUUGAUAAUCUCCGGGAAGAUUGUGUGGCGACAUGGCUAGAGAGUUUUCAGCUUCGGUGGAGUACGGCCUUCGGCUGUCGAAGCGAACAAGCUCCGGUAAGGGAGUCCCACCGGAGCCGGAGAAGAUGUCGAAGUCGGCACCGGAGAGUUAUUUACCGACGGCGGUGAUGGUGUACGCCGUGGUGGAGGAGCCGGCGGUGAUGUAUAAUCCGGACGUACCUGGCUUCCAGCAGUCCGUGCGAGUGCGUUUCGACCGGCCUGCGCUGAUUCCGUUGCAUCUGCACGAGGUGUGCAUGGAGGUGGAUUGUUGCAUGGAUACUGCAUUUGUUACGGUUACUAGCAUAUAUAUGGUGCACUGCAUAAAGCCCAGUGAGAGGUGUGGUUGCCGGAUUGCGGUGCCAAUGGGAGAACAGGGUUCACUACUAGAUGUUGAGGUUGACAUCCCUGGCCCUGGGGCAGGGAAGUCUUAUUAUUCCCGAUGGGUCAAGAUGGGGGACACGAAAGGGACAGGGGAAAUUCCGAAAGCCGGAGAUGGAAGGUUCUUGAAACCCAAUUUGUAUACUUUCAACAUUCCACAGGUUGAAGGAUUGUCUAAACUUUCAAUUAAGGUCAGUUGGUCCCAGAAAUUAUUAUACCAGGAGGGUCAGUUUUGCCUCAAUGUACCUUUUAGUUUUCCGGAAUAUGUCAGUCCUGUUGGGAAGACACCUGUUUCCAACAGAGAAAAGAUAGUUUUGAAUUUGAAUUCUGGUAUUGCUACAGAAAUUUUACAUCAAUGUACCAGCCACCCCCUAAAGGAGCUGAGUGGUAAGGUUCAAAAGGGAAGUUUCUUAUAUGAAGCAGAAGUUAAGGCUUGGUCAGCUGCAGAUUUUAAUUUUUCAUAUACUGUUUCUUCAAGGGACAUGAUGGGUGGGGUACUUCUGCGGUCACAAAAAGAGAUGUUCUGCUUCUAUCUUUUCCCAGGAAAUAACAAGACUAGAAAGGUAUUCAGAAAAGAAGUGGUUUUCAUAAUUGAUAAUAGUGAAAGCAUGCAAGGAGCCCCACUUGGAAGUGUUAAGACAGCAGUAUCAGCAUCUCUGUCCAAGCUUAAUCCAGAAGAUUCUUUUAACCUUAUUUCUUUCAAUGGUGAGAUUUGCUUGUUCUCAUCAAAAAUGGAGCAGACUACCGAUGGAUCAAUCUCAAAGGCUACUCAGUGGCUCGAAAAUUUAACUGUAGGUGCUGGUACAAACAUUUUGAAUCCCAUUGAACAGCUAACAGCGCUCCCCCUCCAAAAGUCUUCUCCAAGUCCAUUCUCACCCGGAAAUACCUGGUUUCUGUUUUCCAUUUUCCCGCCAUUCUUCUUCGGGUAUAAACUCCAGGUUCUUCAAAUGAGACUCUGUAUGAUCCAGUCACUAUACAGAUUCCUGAUCCUUUUCGUUUUGGUGUCUUUCUCUCCAAUCAGGUCUUCAAGCAAUCGAAGUAUAGAAAAGGAGAGAACAUUGGCUAUUAUAAAGCCUGAUGGGUUAUUUGGUAACCAUUCUGAUAGAAUAAAACAAGUCAUACUGGAUUCUCAUUUCAACAUUGCCAAGGAAACGGUUGUUCAACUUGAUGAGGAGAGUGCAGCAACUUUUUAUGCUGAGCACUCUUCAAAGAGCUUCUUCGCUAGUCUUAUCAACUACAUGACUAGUGGUCCAGUGUUGGUUAUGGUUUUGGAAAAGGAAAAUGCUGUUGCUGAUUGGCGUCACUUAAUUGGGCCAACUGAUGCUCGUGAGGCCAAGAUAACUGAUCCACAAAGGGUCCCUGACCAGUUAUCUCAGAAUCAUUUGUUGAUUGUUUCUUCUGCUCUCAGUAUAAGAGCAAUGUGUGGGCUAGAUUUACAAAAGAAUUGUGUUCAUGGCUCUGAUUCCAAUAAAUCUGCUGAAAGGGAGAUUGCUUUUUUCUUCAAAGAGACAUCUUCAGAUGAAGCAGUCGCAAAUCAUGAUGAACUUUGACUUAUAAGCACUCAAGGUUGGAGCUAAACCCGUUUCUUUAUCUUCCGACAGAAUUAUACUGGAAUGUACAACUUGCCUGCUUCCUUCUCAUUCAUACAUGGUGGUUACUGCCUUCUGUUGUUAAGUUUGUACUAAGUUUCUCUUUACCAUAAAUUGUUGCACUUUAAUAUAGCUUAUAUUUGGUUACUAUCAAACAAUGACUGAGUUGAGAGUUGACCAUCAAUAUACAUUGAAUAUUAUGUGCACUGCAAGAUGUACCAUGUGCCUUAAGUGAUAGAGAACUUGUUACUUGGCCAACUAAGAAGGAUUUUGAAAAGUCAUACAUGGCAUUGCAGCAGCCUGAAACAUUUAAUCAAAGCCAGAGAGUGUAAGAAACUCAAAAUACCAGAUUACAGUACCUCCAUCAAUUGUGUCUAGAAACUUAAAGUGGCUUGACUUUGUUCUAGAGUCAUAUCAGACAACUGAAUAUACUGAAGACACCAGCCAAACCUCUAUGUUGAAUAAGGUUUCAUAUGAACCUUCAGAAUGACAGCUUCCAUUCUUCAUGUGGACCCAUUAGCAGUAGCAGCUGUUGUAAAGUCAUGUUGAAGUAUUGUAUCUAAAAAGGAAAGUUGAACUGAAUGCAGAAUUGGAAGUUAAACAAAUAGGACUUCUACUUUGUGUUGAUGGAAGAUGGUAAAUUGAAAGGAUGAUUCCCCUUUUCUCCUUAUUACAGGAGAGUAUUAUGCUGAUAUACUCUAAGAAUGACAUUUGAAAAGGGUGGUUGUUGUCUUUCUGGAGUUCACUGAUUCUUAAGCUGUGCCAGAUUCUCUUGGACUCUGAUGUUCUGUUCUUCUUCAACGAUGACUGUCUGACGCAUAAGGAUGCAUUUGGAACUCAAACUGAGGUUAUCAAGAAUUCCAGCCUGGUCUUGGAUUCCCUACAAUCAGUACAGGUUAGAUUUAUUCGGUGAGAAGCAUACAUCCCAUGAGAACGUGGGGUUUCUUCUCUUCACUCCUUUAUUAUAACCUUCUCCAUUCUUCCCAUUCCUUCAUCUUUUAGGGUGUUUGUUUUAUGUCAUUAAUUUGUCAGUUAAUCAGUUCCUCUAGCUUACUUUUGCUGUAAUUUAGAAAGAUAUGGUACAAAAGAAUUAGUAAUGCUCUAAAAAUACAUUAAUGGCAAAGUAAAUGUUCAUUAUCUAA